CCGGUGUACACGGAUUAUGACGCGGUGGAUCGGGAAGGAAAAGAUGUGACCGUCCUCAAAGCACGCCUUGCCCACAGUCCCUUCGCAUGCACCUCCCUCCCUUGCUCAGCGCGCGUCCCCUCUCACAAUGUCUUCCAGGUCCUCUUCCGAGACGCGUCCUCUGCUCCACGGUCAACCAACACCCACCCGUGCCGUUCAGCACCCCGCUCUCACCAAAAAACCGUCGGGCGCAGACCUCGCUUGGGUCUUGGCCGGCCUGUGGAGCGCGGUCUUCCUCGGUGCACUCGAUGGAACCAUCGUCGCAACCCUCAUGACGCCCAUCGGCAGUCACUUUCAAAAGUCAAAUCAGGCAUCUUACAUCGGAACCUCCUACCUCUUGUCCGUGUGCUGUUUCACGCCCCUCUACGGACGGCUGUCGGACAUCCUCGGUCGUCGAGGAGCAAUGCUCUUGGCCCUCACAUUGUUCGGCCUGGGUACAAUCUUAUGUGGUCUGGCGCCCUCCAUGGAGGCUCUCAUCGCGGCUCGUGCAAUAGCCGGCAUGGGCGGAGGUGGUGUCAUGACAGUGUCCAGCGUCGCCGUGACAGAUCUCAUUCCUCUAAAACAGCGUGGAUUGUACCAGGGUUUGGCAAAUAUCUUGUUCGGUCUUGGUGCUGGUAUAGGCGGUCCAUUAGGUGGAUGGUUGAACGAUACCUUCGGAUGGCGGUCCGCUUUUCUCUUUCAGAUUCCGGUGCUCGUGUUCUCUUUCGUCCUUGUUCUGCUCAAAGUAUCGAUUGAGAUGCCAAUAGAGGUCAAACAACAGAGCCUCUAUGCUAGGAUACGCCGGAUGGAUUUCUUUGGUUCCGUGACACUCGUGGGCACCGUUGGCUCUCUGCUUCUUGGUUUCAGCCUCAAGUCAAGCGAGAACCUGAUGUGGUCGGAUCCCCUUAUCUGUGGUCUCUUCAUCGCAAGCGCCGUCUUUGGCUUCUUGUUCGUUCUCGUGGAGAGUCUAUGGGCCCCCUAUCCGGUGAUGCCUCUACGACUCAUCACACAGCGCACCCCUCUGGCCGUUUCAUUCGCAAACCUAUUUGCGAGCAUGUCCGCCUUCUCAAUGUAUUUUACCGCUGUCCGACUAGCUUCAUCUGCCAAUGCAGGCUUACAUUUACUUCCUCACUCGGUCGCACUCUCGACAGGCAGUGUCUUCGCCGGCUGGAUCAUGCGUCGCACCGGCAAGUUGUAUACGCUGACUCUCGUCUCCGUCCUGAUGACGGUCAUGGCGAGUCUUCUGGUCGUGCAAUGGAGGGAUGCCUCGGCCACCUGGCACUUGUGGUUGGAUAUCGUUCCUCAAGGUUUCGGAAUGGCCAGCCUGAUCACUAGCACGCUCAUUGCCAUGAUCGCCGGCGUCACCAAAGGGGAUGUGGCCGUGGCCACUGGCAUCACGUAUCUUUUCCGCACUACCGGCCAGGUCCUAGGUGUCAGUUUAAGUGGUGCCGUGCUCCAAGCCGUCCUUCUACAGAAACUUAGAGAACGUAUUCAAGGCCCCGGCGCCGCUGAGAUCAUAUCGAGCAUCCGCCAUUCAACGGAUAUCAUCGAGACUCUCGAGCCGGAGCUCAAGCGAGCCGCCAUCAGUUCUUAUGCAGACGCUCUGCGCGUCGUAUUUAUAUGCCAAGUGGCAUGUAACGUUAUUGCCUUUUUAUGGUGCCUGCCAAUCCAAGAGAAUCCCCUACCGGGAACUCACGAAGAGCAGGAGGCACAGUUUCGUCGGAACCAGGCUGAUCAGAACAGAAGGGAUUCAGAAGCCUGACGAAGCGAAGCUGUGGAUCGGAGUAGAUUGGAUAUACUUGCAUAUAUAUUGCACAGAGACACAUUUAUAGUAUCGGGGCAGUCAUUGACGCCACGCACGAUGUAUACUUAUACCACCCUACCUGUUCAUACCUCAUCCUAUACGAAUAGCGACUAAAUCUUGACCAUUC